UGCUACAUCAAAACGAAACAUGCAGAGCUGAGUCUACGAGUAAAGAUGUACACAGUUCUGCUUUUCAUCUACCUGGGAGGAACCACAUUACCCUUCGUGAAAUGUUUUAGUGAUGGCAAUUUUGAUGGCAAUCAAGAUGUGUGUCAGUCAAUGGCAGUUGAUCAUGAUGGCCUGUCCAAUCAGGAUCCAGCAUCAAAUCCUUUUACAGUUGAUCCUGAUUAUAUUGAUGUCACAGUUUUGGGAACAGUUGUUAAUGUGUCCCUCACGGCUAAUUCAGUGGGUCGGCCUUUCCGUGGCUUCAUGUUGGAGGCAAGAGAAACCAAUGACGGUCCACCUGUGGGUGUAUUCUCGUUGCUGGACUCAGCCAUCAGCAGACUCCAGAGCUGUAACGGGACUGCUGGUAGAGCUGUUACACAAACCGCUAACCAAGAUAAAACUGAAGUAAGGGUCUUAUGGAGCGCUCCUAACACUGGACGAUACUUCUUCAGAGCUACAUUUGUUGAGAACUUUGAGACUUUUUGGGCUAGAAAGGACAUAUCCCCACCUACAACAACCACAACGUCUACAACAACAACAUCUUCAACACCCUUUACAACAACAUCAGCAUCAGCACUCACCACUGUUACUUCUGUACCCGUCUCCAUGCUUCAACCAGAUCCCACUACUGUAACUGAAGUCACAUCACUGGCACCCACCUCUACAACUUUAGGGGUGACACCAACUACACAUAGCUCCACCACUCCACAGCUGGACGCAUCCACUCAUCCCACUACAGUGAAUAAAACAACAACACCUCAGCUCAAUGCAACCAAGCCCAGUCCAUUCAACGCCACAGCUCCUCCCACUCCAGUGGUUUUCUCUACUGCAUCUCCAACCACUGGCACUACUACUACUCCUUCACAUAAAGAUGUUGUCACAAUAAUAAGUAACCUGGAGUUGGAGCUUCUUGUCCUAGAAAAUUCAUCAGAAGAGGAACGUCAGCGUGCACUGUAUGAAGCCGCCUGUCGGUUGAGAAACUACUUAACAAGUAACUAUGAGGGCAUCUUCUCUUUUGACAUCACAAACAUUACCCCAGUAGCGGAGGGGUACAGUUGCUUAGACUCUAAUGGAAAGUGA